AUGAGCAGAAAGAAGUACGAUAAAGAUUUUACUCAAGUACCAUGGAUACCAGCAGUCGAAUCAGCCCAGGAAUUGACAGAAUUCUCAUUGCAUCAGGAAUUAAUAAGAAGACAGAAGUUACAUAGAAAACCCUCUUGGAAGAAAAUCACAUUUAAGCAACAUUUAAAUAAAUAUGAGAAAUUGCCAGACGAUUUUGGCGCUGCGUUUACGACAACAGCAUAUCAAAUUCAUAACAGGAAGUUAAUGAAAGAAAGGAUACCUUUGAAAACAAGUCAUCCUGCUUCCGAUCAAAUACUUACAUCUCCGCCUUUGGAGUACCACAAACAGUAUAAAGGUGAGGUUCGACAAGGAAAAGAACAUGUGCAUUUUCUACCAAGUAAUAUUGUUAGUUUGAAAGAUUUAGCUGAUGGUACAUGGCUAUCUAAUAAUCUUCGAAGAGAAGUUACUAAUAAGUUUAAGAGGGUUGGGAAGAUUAAAAAGUUGAAGAACGCUAAACAAGAUCUCCCAUCACAAUGGAAGAAUCUCCAGCAGCAUGAGGCUGAAUUGCCGAAGUCGAUAGAGGAGCAGAGGGACAAUUUCUUGAAAGAAAUUAGCGACAAAGAGAAGCGUUACACAGAGAUAGAGGACAAUGAAAUAAUUUAUUGGAACGACCCUAAAAUCACAAGCAAUGAAUUAGACAGUUACGACUUCAACAAUCUUGAAGAAGCAAAGCGCUAUAUUGCUGAUAAACUACAAAGACGAGAAGACUUCGAUGAACUGUUGGAUAAAUUGAAGUCUGAAAUCAUUGAUUGUUACAAACAACAUCUUCAAUACACUAUACUAGAUUGCAUUCUUGUGGAUCUCGACGAAAGAAGACGAUUGCGCAUAGAUACGUCGCCUGCGGAAUAUCAGCUUCUGACUAUACGGGCACCUGUUCCUUGGCAUCAGCCUAAACUCAUCGCCGAGCAUUACAUGCAGUAUAAUUUGUUCACUGGAAAUGAGAUAUUGAAAGAUAUUUGGGACCUAACCUCUUCCAAGUACGAAGACAUGAUGAUAAUCAAGAUCGAAGAAAUAGGUGAACUCCCCGUAUCAGCUUUCCUACUAGAGUCCAGAGUGACUGCAGUGUGCAACGAAAAGACGAAUGACCUUAUACAAGGGUGGCUGGCUAAUAUUGCUGAAAUUUUUCUGGAAAAAAAGGACGUUUGGUCCUGUUUGAUCGAGGAGGAUCGUAACGCAUCUAGAGCGAUGAUCGAACGAUAUUUUUUAAGCGUGAACUCUCUAUUGUCUAAACAAUUACGAAGGAUGGCAAUGAAAUCGUUGGUUAGUGUCAGAGAAUUUUUUAUGGAAUACAGUGACGGAAACUACUUCGAGGGUGAUUACGAAGACCUAAUGUUUUACAAAAAAUCUUUUCUAACGGUAUCAAUUGAACCGGAACUCGGCACUUCUUAUUUGCAUUGUAAACCAAGCAUCCAGGAGAUACGGUCAAUAAUUUCACUGUGUAUCCAUAGGAUCAUUCAAGUUGCAGGAUCAAUUCCUAGAAUUGAAAUGCUUUUAUUCCCUGAACUGGAAACGCAGGAGUAUUUGUUUCCCGUGUUGCCAGAUGAGGAAGAGAUAUCAGAGAUAACCAAUUAUGUAAUGGAUAUUGUUAAUGUGCACAUCAUGGGUCCAGAAAUUUAUUUAAAAUGUUACGAAGAUUUAUUGUACAUUUUAAACGGCGAGGCGAAACGAAAUCUAGAUAAAUUCUUCACGACCGAUCCGUUCCCAUUUUUACGUGAGUUUGAGCAAAGAAUACGUGGUUAUGACAGUCUCAGAAAAGAAAUUCUGACAUUUCGCAAUAAGAUUCCUCUGAAUAUGAUCGAAAUCGACUGUUCGUUUGUAAAUGACAGUAUAAGACAAAUUCUAUACGAGCUUCGAAGUCAGAUCUGUGACCAUUUCGCCGACGAAUUACGUGCCAACAAUCGUGACCUGUGCUCCAAUUUCGACACAAUAGCGGAGAACAUCUCGAAGAUGCCGGAGAAGACGCGGGACGUGGUCGAGCUGUACAAUUAUUUAUGCGAGAGUCGUGAUUCGACCAUGUUCAACAUGAAACGACAAUUGACCCGUUCCAUAGAAUUGAUAUUGUUCCUAUUUGAUUACCAACCGCCGACAAACGACGACAUCCAGUUGAAUUCCCGUGCGAUCACGUGGCCGAAGGAAAUGGACACGGUUAUGGAACUGGCGAACGCCAGAUUGAACAUGCGAAAGGAAUUCCUCGAGGAAGUUCUGUACAUGAGAAAGGACACGUUCGAGGAGACCAUCCAGAAUAUGCAAUCGGCGAUCGAGCAGUUCAAACGGAAGGACCCGCCGAUAUUGUCGAUGACGGAAAUGGAAGAGGCGGUGAGAGAGGUCGAGCAGCUUUCCGAUGGAAUGGAGGCGAUCAAGAAAGAAGCGGAGGAGAUCAACGAAGAAGAAUCUCUGUUGGACAUGGAAUUAAGUCCUUAUUUGGCGUUGCCCACGAUGGCCAGCAUAGUGAACACGUUGGACACUGUUUGGCAUACCGCGUUGAAUUUCAACGUGAACUUUGAUAAAUGGUACUACGGACCGUUCGCAGGCCUUGACGCCGAGGAGAUCAGCGAAAUUACAGAAAGUACCUGGCGAACGUUAUACAGAUUAUCGCGUGUUCUUACCGACGUUCCUGGCGCUAGGCGAAUCGUGGAGACCGUCAGAGCUAAGGUGGAGAAGUUCAAACAGCUAAUCCCGGUGAUGCAGAUCAUAUGCACGCCUGGAUUGCAGAAACGACACUGGGAUCAGAUCAGUUCGGUAGCAAACGUGCAGGUGGUGCCUACGGACACCAGCAGCCUGUCAGACAUGAUAGAGUUCGGGUUGCUGGUCCAUAUAAGCAAGCUGGAGGAGAUAGCGUCCGCUGCAGUUAAGGAGCACGGGCUUCAACAGAGUUUGCAGAAGAUGAAAGACGAAUGGACAACCGUGGAGUUCGAGUUGACGGCUUAUCGAGAGACAGGCGUGCAUAUCUUGACGGCUGUGGACGAUAUCCAAAUGCAGCUAGACGAUCACAUCUUGAAGGCUCAGACCAUGCGGAGCUCUCCAUUUGUGAAGGCGUUCGAGUAUGAAAUGCAAGCUUGGGAGGACAAAUUACUCCUCAUGCAGGACAUCAUCGAUCAGUGGCUGCUCUGUCAGGCAACGUGGAUGUACUUGGAACCGAUUUUCAGCAGCGAGGACAUCAUGCGUCAGAUGCCAACCGAAGCGAAGAACUUCCGACGUAUGGACAAGAUCUGGCGCGGUAUCAUGAGGUACGUCGUCGAGAACAAACGUGUAUUGGACGCAACAAAUAUGCUGAACAUGUUGAACGAGUUCAAGCUGUGCAACACGUUACUUGAUGAAAUACAGAAGGGCUUGAACGAUUAUCUCGAGAAGAAACGGUUGUAUUUCCCGAGGUUCUUCUUCUUGUCGAACGACGAGCUCCUGGAGAUACUAUCCGAGACCAAGGAUCCACAAAGAGUGCAGCCACACUUGAAGAAGUGUUUCGAAGGCAUCAGCAAGCUACGGUUUACCCAAGAGGAAGAAAUCAUCGGCAUGUUGUCCGACCAAGAAGAAUACGUGCCGCUGAGCGGAAAGAUAUAUCCGGCCGAUGCCAAAGGUAUGGUUGAAAAGUGGCUAAGCCAGGUUGAGGAUCUUAUGGUCAGUUCUCUUCGUGAUAUCGCGGAGGAAAGUAUAAUAUCGUACUUCACCGCUGCCAGGGAGGAGUGGAUGUUCUCGUGGCCCGGUCAGAUCGUUAUUUGCGGCAGUCAGGUCCACUGGACCAGUGAGGUAUGCGAGUCGAUCGAGAGUCAUACCACCAGGCAAUACUUGGAGACCUGUAACACUCAAAUAGAAGAGACCGUUAGCUUAGUCAGAGGUAAACUAGACCCAGGAGCUAGGACAACGAUCAACGCUCUGAUCGUGAUAGACGUGCACGCCCGAGACGUAGUCAGGUUACUGGUCGACAGACAAGUGACCGACGUUAUGGACUUCGAUUGGAUAUCGCAGUUGAGGUAUUACUGGUUGGACAACAGCAUCACGGUCUCGAUGAUCACGACCAGCUUGGCGUACGCCUUCGAGUAUCUUGGCAACACCGCCAGACUGGUGAUAACUCCCUUAACAGAUCGUUGCUACAGAACUCUAAUGGGCGCCUUGAAAUUAAACUUUGGCGGUUCUCCAGAGGGGCCGGCUGGUACUGGUAAAACAGAGACAGCGAAGGAUCUCGCGAAAGCUGUCGCCAAGCAGUGCGUUGUGUUCAAUUGUUCAGACGGUCUGGACUACAAAGCAAUGGGCAAGUUUUUCAAAGGGCUCGCCCAGUCCGGUGCUUGGGCCUGCUUCGAUGAGUUCAACAGAAUCGACCUGGAGGUGCUCUCUGUAAUCGCCCAGCAGAUCUUGUCCAUACAGAUGGCGAUAAGCAUGAAGCUGGAGAAAUUCCUGUUCGAGGGAACAGAACUGAAACUGAACCCCACAUGCUACAUCAUAAUAACGAUGAAUCCUGGUUACGCCGGACGCCAGGAGCUUCCUGAUAAUUUGAAGGUCCUGUUUCGCUCGGUAGCGAUGAUGGUACCCGACUAUGGCAUGAUAGGAGAGAUCACGUUGUACUCCUUUGGUUUCAUAGACGCCAAGAAUCUCGCUGAGAAGAUUGUCCACACGUACAAACUGUGCUCCGAGCAGCUCAGCUCGCAGAAUCAUUAUGAUUACGGUAUGCGAGCGGUGAAGACCGUACUGAUCGCCGCUGGGAACCUGAAGCUGAAGUAUCCGAACCAGAACGAGUCCACGUUAGUUCUUCGAGCGAUCAUCGACGUGAAUCUCCCGAAAUUCUUGUCCCAGGAUGUUCCUCUGUUCCAUGGUAUAUACACCGAUCUAUUCCCAGGCGUUGAGCUACCUAAGCCGGAUCGCGACGAGCUGAUAGAUUUACUGAAAGUGAUCCUAGAGAAGCGAAAUCUGCAAGCCACGGACUGGUACAUGGAGAAAAUCGUUCAGAUCUAUGAGAUGAUACUGGUGCGACACGGACUGAUGAUUGUUGGACGGACACUUAGCGGGAAGACGAAGGCAUAUCAAUGUUUAGCCGAUGCUCUUGGUGAUUUAGCUGGCAGACGACGCGCUGCUAUGAGAGAGUUCCCAACUGUUUAUAAAAUCAUCAAUCCUAAGGCUAUCACCCUGGAUCAAUUGUAUGGAAGCUUUGAUCCGGUGUCACACGAAUGGAGCGAUGGUGUUCUGGCGAAUAUGUUCAGAGAAUUCGCCCAGUCUUUAUCACUGGACCGCAAGUGGAUCGUCUUCGAUGGCCCCGUCGAUGCUGUAUGGAUAGAAAGCAUGAACACUGUACUAGAUGACAAUAAGAAGCUUUGCUUGAUGUCUGGGGAGAUUAUCACCAUGUCGCACAAGAUGAAUAUGAUGUUCGAACCGGCGGACCUGGAGCAUGCGUCGCCAGCUACCGUUAGCAGAUGCGGAAUGAUUUAUAUGGAACCGUCUCAGCUCGGUUGGAGCGCGCUGUUUGAAUCGUAUAAGGUGUAUCUUAGAGAUAAGCUGCUGUUCGAACAAUUUGAAUUGGUUGUGGAAUUGGUGGAAUGGUUGACAGAGUCAAUUCUUAUUUUCGUGAAAACUCGCUGUAAAACGUUCGUAGAAGUGUCUGAACUUCACAUGUUCCUGUCCUUUACAAGACUUCUCACUGCAAUGUUGAGUGAGGAAACACAAGUCAGUACCGUCUGGCUGCAGUGUAUAUUUUUGUUCAAUGUGGUUUGGGGUAUGUGUUCAACUUUAGUCAGCGACAGCAGAAAGGCCAUUGAUGUUUAUUUAAGAAAAUUGUUACUUGGUAACGAUGACGAUUGUCCCAGACCGAAAUCAUUUAAAUUGUCGAAACAACAGCUAUUUCCUGAUAAAGGCACAAUUUAUGAUUGGAUAUAUGACAAAAGAAAUAAUGGCUGCUGGAUAUCUUGGAUGGACCCGACAUUAGUGAUAUCAUUAAUACCAGAAUCGAAGUCCAAUCAAUUGAUCGUGCCAACGUCUGAAGUAAUAAUCCAAAAUUUCUUUCUAAGCAAUUUGCUCCACCGAUCAGUACCUCUUUUAUUCGUGGGCCCAACUGGUACCGGCAAAUCAGCUGUCACGUUAGAUUACCUGGUAUCUCUGAAUAGAGACAAAUAUCUAGAAAAUGUGGUAAACUUCAGUGCCUGCACUACUGCUAACCAGACGCAAGAAAUGGUCAUGUCCAAGCUGGAUCGUAGAAGGAAAGGUGUCUAUGGCCCACCGAUGGGAAAGAAAUGUAUACUAUUCGUGGAUGAUUUAAGCGUUCCGCAGAAGGAGGUGUACGGUGCUCAGCCGCCGAUUGAAUUGAUUCGACAGUGGAUAGAUCACGGGCACUGGUUCGACGUGAAGGACACAACGAUGCUGUACUUGGUGGACAUGUUCUUGAUCGCUGCGAUGCUGCCACCUGGCGGCAGCUCGAACAUGGUCACGCCUAGGUUAACACGACACACGCAAAUAAUCGGGAUCGACGUGUUCGAGGAAGAGACUAUGUCGAAGAUUUUCUCCACGAUCCUGGAGACUCAUUUCGGAAAAGGAUUUCCAUCGGAGGUUUCGAGGUUAGGGAAAAUGGUCGUGAACGCCACCAUGGACAUAUACUUCGCGGCCAUUCGGAAUUUCUUGCCCACCCCGGCGAAGAGUCACUAUACAUUCAAUCUGCGCGAUUUCAGUCGUGUCAUCAAGGGUAUACUAUUGGUCCCGGCUGCCAGGAUGCAGGACCCAGAUAAAUUGAUCAGACUCUGGAUUCACGAGCUGUACAGGGUGUUCAAUGAUAGAUUAGUGGACCAGAACGAUCAGGACAUUUUAUUCAAGAUGGUUCAGUACACUUGUUACGACCAGUUGCGUCAGCCGUUGGAGAAAGUUCUUGCCAGACUUUUGAACGAAGGGGAAAAGGAUAUUACGAGGUCUCACAUCAGUGAUCUCUUCUUUGGUAAUUACAUCGAGCCGGACGCUGACCCCAAAGUGUACGACGAGGUGGUCGAUUUAGUGGAUCUGCAAAGUAAAAUGGAUUAUUAUUUGAUGGAAUACAACAUGCUCUCAAAAACGCAGAUGUCUUUGGUCCUGUUCCGAUACGCCAUCGAUCAUGUUUCCCGUAUCUCACGCAUACUCUUGCAGGAAAAUGGCCACGCCCUUUUGGUGGGAAUAGGUGGAUCCGGCAGAAGCUCUUGCGCCAAGCUAGCGACUAGCAUGUGCGAAUACGUGAUAUUCCAAAUCGAGAUGACCAGGUUGUACGGAUUCAGUGAGUGGCGGGAGGAUAUGAAGAACCUGCUGUUGCGUGUAGGUUGCGACGGGAAGUCAACAAGCUUCCUCUUCGGCGAUCAUCAGAUAAAAAAAGAAACCUUUGUCGAGGAUAUAAAUAUGAUCUUGAACACCGCGGAUAUACCAAAUUUAUACAAUACCGAGGAGAAGGCUGAGAUUCUAGAUAAAAUGUCGGGUUUGGCCCGUGACACGGGUGGCAAGAAAACAGAGACUACACCGAUGACCCUUUACAGUAUGUUCCUGGAAAGAGUCGUGAAGAAUCUACACCUGAUUCUGGCUAUGUCACCGAUAGGAAACGCGUUUCGAAACCGUCUGAGAAUGUUUCCGUCCCUUAUAAACUGUUGUACCAUCGACUGGUACACCAUCUGGCCGGAGGACGCUCUGGAGAAGGUGGCCCGUAUGUCCCUGCAGACCUUGGACAUCAGCGAGCACCUAAAGGAGAAGUGCGUGCAGAUCUCGAAGGGAUUUCACACGAGUAUCACACAGGCAAGCGAAGACUACUUCAAAACGCAAGGUAGAAGGUAUUAUACAACGCCCACGAGCUUCCUGCAGCUGAUCAAGCUGCUCUGUACAUUGUACGACAAGAAGAUCCAGGAGAUCACGUUGCGGCAGAAUCGUUAUGUGACUGGACUGGAGAAACUGGACUUCGCUGCUGGGGAGAUAGCUGUGAUGAAAGAGGAGCUGCAAGCGCUGCAGCCGAAGCUGUUGGCGCAGUCGGAGUUGAGCAAUAAACUUAUGAUCAAGAUAGAGCAGGACACUAUCAACAUAGAAGCAAGGAAGGAAGUGGUUGCUGCUGAGGAAGCCUUGGCGAACGAGGCCGCAGCUGCUGCUCAGGCGAUCAAAGACGAUUGCGAGAGCGACCUGGCCGAGGCCACACCUGCCCUGGAGGCUGCCCUAAACGCGCUGGACACACUGAAACCCGCGGACAUCACCAUCGUACGGUCCAUGAAGAGUCCACCGGCUGGCGUCAGACUGGUAAUGGAGGCUAUCUGCGUUCUGAAAGGCGUCAAACCUGAAAAAGUCACGGACACGGCGACCGGUCAGUCCACGGAGGACUAUUGGCCAGCCUCGAUAAAGGUGCUGGGCGACAUGAGGUUCCUCGAGAGUCUUAGGAACUUCGACAAGGACAACAUACCGCCGGCGUACAUGAAACGGAUCCGUGAGAAAUUCAUAAACGACAGAAGCUUUCAGCCGGAGGCGAUCAAGAAAGUCUCCACUGCCUGCGAGGGUCUCUGCAAAUGGGUCAGAGCAAUGGAAGUCUACGACCGUGUGAUCAAGGUGGUCAAACCGAAGCAGGAGAUGCUAGCCGAGGCGGAGGCGGCCCUGGCCUCGCAGAUGGAGGCUUUGAAUGCGAAACGGGCUCUCCUGCAGGAAGUCAGCCAGAAGCUGCAGGCGUUGAACGACGAGUUCGCGGAGUGCAUGAGGGAGAAAAAGAAGCUGGAGGAUCAGAUCAACUUCUGCAUGCAGAAGCUAGAUAGGGCUGAGAAGCUGCUGGGUGGUCUGAGCGGCGAGAAGAACAGAUGGAAUGAAACAGCCAUUGCGUGUGGCGAGAGUCUCCAUAACGUGAUUGGUGACGUUUUACUAUGCUCUGGGGUGAUAGCCUACCUAGGGGCCUUCACGAUAGACUACAGGACCAGCCUGAUCGCCCAAUGGCACUCAUCCUGUCGAAAGUCUGCAAUCCCAUGUGGCUUGAAAUUCAGUCUGAUUGAUGUUCUAGGGAAACAGGUGGAGAUCAGAGCGUGGACGAUAUUCGGCCUACCAGCGGACAAUUAUUCCGUGGAGAACGGUAUUAUCGUGAAGAACGCCGAUCGCUGGCCGUUGAUGAUCGAUCCCCAGAACCAGGCGAACAAGUGGGUGAAGAAUAUGGAGAAGGAGAAUAAACUGAUGGUGAUCAAGCUCUCCGACCCGAAUUACGUGAAAGUCGUGGAUACUUGCAUACAGCUUGGAACGCCAGUCUUGUUGGAGAAUAUUCUAGAGGAGAUAGACGCCAUACUGGAGCCGGUGCUGUUGAAGAACAUCUACAAAGAACGUGGGGUACUGUAUAUGAAGUUUGGGGAGAAUGUGAUCGAGUACAACAGCGAUUUUCGUUUCUACAUCACCACUUGCCUGAGGAAUCCUCAUUAUUUACCAGAAGUGGUCGUCAAGGUGACCCUGUUGAACUUUAUGAUCACUCCACAAGGCUUGGAGGAUCAGCUUUUGGGUAUCGUUGUCGCGAAAGAUCUUCCUGUACUCGAGGAACGCAAGAACCAGUUGAUAGUGGAAGGAGCGAACAACAGGAAGAUCCUGGAGGAAAUCGAGGAUAAGAUAUUAGAGGUGUUGUCGUUGUCGGAGGGUAACAUAUUGGAGGACGAAACAGCGAUCACGAUACUAUCCACCUCGAAGGUGUUGUCCGAGGAUAUUCAAGCGAAACAGAAGAUCGCUGCCAAAACGGCCAUCGAGAUCGACAACGCUCGUAACGGGUACACACCUGUGUCGGAGCACGGGUCAGUUCUGUUCUUCUGUAUCUCUGAACUGACCAACAUCGACCCAAUGUACCAGUACUCAUUGGUGUGGUUCAUUCAUCUUUACGUGAUGGCGAUAGCAAACAGCGAACAGUCCAAGGACCUGCAGCAACGGAUAAAAAGUCUUAAUAAAUAUUUCACUGGGAGUAUCUACAGGAACGUGUGUCGGUCCCUGUUCGAGAAAGACAAGUUGAUAUUUUCCUUUGUCCUUUGCGUCGGUCUGCUACGCGCUGCUGGAGAAUUGGACGAGGAUCUCUGGACGUUUCUGCUGACCGGAGGAGUGGCCCUGGACAAUCCGUUUCCGAAUCCUGACCCGUCCUGGUUGACGGACAGGUCGUGGUCCGAAGUGGUUAGGGCUACAGCCUUGAGUGGGCUUACAGAUUUGAAGGUGUCGUUCCAGAGGGACACGUCCAAAUGGAAGGCUUACUACGACUUGUCCAAUCCUCAAGAGAAUCCUUUUCCGCAGCCGUUUGAUCAAACGGAUGGCAUGACGAAGCUGGUGAUCCUUAGGUGUAUAAGACCGGAUAAAAUUGUUGCUGCUGUACGGACCUUCAUCAUCCACCAUAUGGGACAGUCUUUUGUGGAACCACCGCCGUUCGACCUGCAGGCGUCCUACAACGAUUCCAGUAAAGUGACCCCGCUACUUUUCAUUCUGUCGCCUGGAUCCGAUCCGAUGGCUGGAUUAAUCAGAUUCGCGGAGAAUUACGGGAUAUCCAAGAAGAAUCUGAUGACCAUAUCGCUGGGCCAAGGCCAGGGUCCCAUAGCAGCCGGUAUGAUUGAUUCAGGCCUGAAAACUGGGGAAUGGGUGGUGCUGCAGAACUGCCAUCUGGCGGUCUCCUGGAUGAAAGAUCUGGAUCGAAUUUGCGACGAGAUUAUCACGCCCGAGAACACGCAUCCCAAAUUUAGGUUAUGGUUGACCAGUUAUCCGUCCAAAGACUUUCCGAUCUCGAUUCUACAGAAUGGGGUGAAGAUGACCAACGAGCCGCCGAAGGGCCUGAAAAAUAAUUUAUUGAGAAGCUAUCUGAACGACCCGUUAUCGGACCCGAUGUUCUAUAGUAAUUGCAGACAGAUUGUGGAAUGGAGGCAUCUUCUGUUCGCUUUGUGCUUCUUCCAUGCUGUCAUUCAAGAGAGACGGAACUUCGGGCCGUUGGGUUGGAACAUUCCGUACGAAUUUAACGAAUCGGACCUUCGAAUUAGUAUUUUGCAAUUACAGCUCUUUUUAAACGACUACGAUACAAUACCUUUGGACGCACUUCUCUAUCUAACGGGCGAGUGCAAUUAUGGUGGACGUGUAACAGACGAUAAAGAUAGGCGUUUGUUAAAUUCGUUGCUUCAAGGAUUUUACAAUCACAAAGUUAUUAAGGAACGAGAAUACUGUUUCUCACCAAGCUGUUUGUAUCGCAUGCCGCCAAGUACAGACCAUGACGGAUGUGUAAAAUACAUUCGUAGCCUGCCAAUAGAUCAGCAACCGGAGGUUUACGGUUUGCAUGAAAACGCAGAUAUAACGAAAGAUAAUCAGGAAUCGAUGCAGUUGCUCGAUGGCGCUCUACUGACACAGCCGCAUAUCACUGGAGUCGGAGUCGAACGAGAUGUUGACGAGAUGGUCUUCAGUUUAUGCGACGAUAUAUUGUCCAAAAUAAGGAAAGCAUUCGAUGUGAUAGAGGUCGCCAAGAAAUAUCCAGUGCUUUAUAUGAACAGUAUGAACACAGUUCUUCGCCAAGAACUAAUUAGAUUCAAUGAUCUGCUGGAUGUAAUUGACUAUACUUUGAUCAACGUUCAGAAGGCCAUAAAGGGUCUGGUUCUAAUGUCUGCCGAAUUGGAAGAGGUUUUCACGAGCAUGAGCAUUGGCAAAGUGCCUGGAGCUUGGUACAAAAAGUCAUAUCCCUCGUUGAAACCACUUGGCAGCUAUAUUAACGACUUAAUAGACAGACUAGACUUCUUCCAAGAUUGGAUAGACAAGGAUGCACCGAUUGUGUUCUGGAUAUCUGGUUUUUUUUUUACUCAGUCAUUUCUUACCGGUGUUUUGCAAAACUUCGCCCGUAAGCAUAGGAUUCCUAUCGACAGACUAGAUUUUGAAUUUGAGGUGACUAAAUACGAAAGUAGUGUUGACAGUAAACCACCUUACGGAGUAUAUAUAAAGGGCUUAUUUUUAGAAGGUGCUAGAUGGAAUAGAGAAAAGAGAGCAAUGGACGAAUCGAAACCUAAAAUAAUGUUUGACGUUUUACCGGUAAUAUGGCUACAGCCGGGUAUAAAGACCGAAUUCGCCACUAAACCUGUAUAUCAUUGCCCAGUGUACAAAACAAGUGAAAGGCGUGGCGUUUUGGCUACUACUGGUCAUUCCUCCAAUUUUGUAUUAUACAUAUUACUCACGACACAUGACAGUGAAGCUCACUGGAUUAAGAGAGGCGCUGCAUCUUUGUGCCAGCUUGAUGCCUGA